AUGAGCACUAUUUUCAAACCAGUUCCGCUUACUGUCAACUCAGAUCAGGUCACAUGCCGCGCACACAAUCUCGAGACCUGCUUCACUUGUGACCUAGACUUUUCGCUGCUAAACCAGCUCUACAAAAAUCUAAAGACGAUAGACGGUCGUAUUCCUGCUUCUCCCGCCGCAAACCCCAAUCUAUCGACACAAAUUAACCGUCUAAAAGAGGAAGGUAACAAGAAUUUCCGCGCGCAAAACUAUGCCGAGGCUAUAAAGUUGUAUUCGCUCGCGGUGGAUAUGGCGUUUCAACGACCCGUUUGGGAAUCGUUUGCAGCGGCAAAAGAGGAUAUAUCGGUAUGUUUGUGUAAUCGGGCCCAGGCCUAUAUUGAUAGUGGCGCUUGGGUAGACGCGUAUGUUGAUUCUGUUGCCGUUGUAAAAAUGAGAUGGGAUUGGUCGAAAGGCCAUUUUCGAAUGGGGAAGGCGUUAAUGGGACUUAAACGGUAUGAUGAAGCAAUAGAGGCUUUUAAAUUAGGAUCGAAUAUAGAACCACAGUCUGAAGAAAUAAAGACAGCGUUGAAAGAUGCCGAGGAUUUGAUUUCUCAAUCGCAGAAAGACUAA